AGAUUCUUCAAAUUUGUUACUGUUCUUUGUCCUUCUUCAGUUGUCGUUUGGAUUAAGACAAAUCAUAAAAAAUCUUCAAUCUUUGGCAUUUAUAGGCCAACUUGCACGACCCCACCUCCCCCAUUCUCCUGGAGCUUAUAAAAGAACUAGCAUUUGCUGCCUCUAUGCACAUAUCAGUUUUUCACUUCUGUGUUUUAACUGAAGUCUCAAUCUCUUCUGCAUUCUUUUUGCUAUUUGUCUUCUUUCGGCUAUUCCAUUUUAUUUAGCGGUUCAUACUUGUCUAAAUUCAAUCAAAUUGCAUCAGGCUGAAUGUCAUCCCAUGGCUCAGGCACUUGGACAGCUAGGGAGAACAAGGCCUUUGAGAAGGCUCUGGCUGUGUACGAUAAGGACACACCGGACCGUUGGGACAGUGUCGCCAAGGCCAUCGGAGGGAAAACUGCGGAAGAAGUGAAGAGGCAUUAUGAAAUCCUUGUGGAGGAUAUCAAGUGUAUCGAGAGUGGCCAUAUCCCCUUCCCUAACUACAAGACUACUGGAGGUGGUAAUGUGAAAGACGGGAGCAAAGGCCUUCGGAGGUUGUUAUUGAUGGGCGUACGUUUUCUAAACAUUAAUUUCUGUGGAUUUUGGCGGUGUUUCUCACCAAUGUUGGGUCGCUGUUCAUCUCGACCGAUGGGUUUCUUGGAGGACGAAGAGAUUACAGCAAAUUGAAAGACACGAGAAUUGAUUGGGAUUCAUCUAUGUCACAGGUAAGAGUAGAAGUUCAUAAUUUUUAUAUUUUGCAUUCAAUUUAAUUGGAUUUUUCAACAAAAUUUUUAUACUUAAAACUUAAUUUA